AUGAGUAAUGGAAACAAACCUUUAUUGUGUUAUAUUGUAUUUGCCGAUGAACAGCUUGAAAUAUGCCGAGAUAAAGUUGGGACCAAUGAUGCCAAAGCACUUUUGAAAUCUCUUCCUAAAAUUCGAUAUGUAACAGAGCCUUCGACUGUUUUCAUAGAAUUUAAAACUCCAAAAAUUCUUUCUACACAAAGUAAGUACGUAGUUUGGAAAAGGGAAAAAUAUCUCAAUCUUCAUAUAAAAGACCCUAAUUUGGUUCCUGAAAGCAUUCUUCCUUUUUAUGAUGAACCGAGAACGAUCACUUAUAAUGAAAUUUCAGUGAUCAUGUUGUAA